UAAGUUUUAAGACUUGAAAAAUAUGCGAUUAAGGACGGAGUCUUUUUAUAUAUAUGUUGCAUUGAUCAAUUUUCGAAAUGUUCGUGCAAACAAAAAGAAAAUAUGUAUUUAGGAAGUAAUGAUACAUUUAAGUUGACCAUCUUAUUUUCAGAGCAAGUUCAGAUUCAGGUCAUUAUAUUUAAAGGUGUAAGGUAAAAGGAGAUGUGCUCUAUCACUUUAUAACUUUUUUUUAAAGAAAUGUUUCCCUUUAAGAAAUAUUUUCAAAAUAUGAUAGUUCUAAAUUAAAAAAGAAUAUAUAAAAUUUUGAUUAGUUUAGGUUGGUCCAUUUUUAAAGUCUUUUAUAGAUUUUUAAGAUUUUUUUCACGUAUUAUGAAGAUUCUUUAUAAAGAUAUUACUCGAAAAAAAAAGCGAACAUUAGAUGUAGAAGAAAUCACAACAUAUUUUACAAAAUAUUAUUCUCAUGUCUUUGUAUAGAUAGCAAGGUUAAGGCUUAUUUGAGUUUAAGUAUGUAAGUGCUUUGAAAUGCAUAUCUUAUAAACAAGAUUGUAUAAUAGAGAAAAUACAAUCAAGAUACAUGUUUUAAUGUUGACAAUUAUUAGCCCAAAAAUUGCACUUUAACAAAGAGCAAGAAAGAGAUGAGAGCAAGGCUUAACAUCCUUUACCUCCAGUUGUCAGGAUUAAAAGGAACAUAGCAACAAGAAACUUUGAUAUAUCAAGAAGUACCUUGUGGGCAAAUGGUGUCAUUCCGUACCAGAACGCUUCUGAUUCAUUUGGUAUAUAUCUAUUCUUCAUUUCCUUAGAUACAUAUAUGAGACAUCUUCCCAAGUCAAGAGUUUCUAAUCCACACCUCUCCUCACAAACUUUUGACAGAUUUAGCGACAAAACCUAAACUGUUGCUUAUUUUCAUUGGUUCCAAGGGUAAAGCUUUAAUUAAAUGAAAAUAUGGCUCUCAUAAUCAAAUACGUCGUGCAAAAAAACAAAUGGCUGCCUCCAUAAUUGGAGGCAUGUGCCAACUGUGUUGGGGUCUGUUACCUCUAAAAUACCCGCAAUUGAUUUUCUUAUACGUAUUCAAGGUUUUGAGACAACUGACAGAAGUUCUUAAUGACAGCCCCGUCCAAAUGACAGAUAUUCACUAUAUUUGUGUUAUAUACGAGGGUUGUCCCAAAAUAGCGUACACAAGUGACGUUAUUCAGUUAAUUGAAGACACAGGAAGAUGAAACUUGUGCCACAAAGGGUUAAAGUAAUUUGCAUUAAAAAUAUGUUUUGAAAUCAAAUACUGUUUAAGAUUAAAUUAGUAAAAUAAAAGGUAGGAUUAGAAAUAAGACAUGUGGCGCAAUGUCAGAAGCAAAAGGUUAAAAUUUAAAUAAUUAAAUGAAAAUUGCAAGGAAAAGCACUUUUCGAAUAAAAAAAUUCAAAUGAAAAAAAACUUUUAAACUUGUUCAUAAUUAUAUUAUAAAUGUUUUGGCUGUAACGAAAGUUUUAAAGAUUCUAUAGCGCCUUUUAUGACAAGUUGAAUUGUUCAGUUGUAGUAAAAAGACGACGUCGCCGUUUAAGGUGGAGCACUGGUAACUGAUAAAAUUUUAUAAAAACCUUGAAACAAAUCCUUAGCGCCUAUUUAAGUAAAAAGAAUUGACAAAAUUGCUUAGAAAUGCAUUUUAUGAAUUAUAAGUUUAGCAACAUUGAAAAUAUUCGGACAAGAAUGAUGACAAUAGGUGAAAAAAGAUAUCCGGACCGAUAAAACUGGACGCCAAAAUGUUGAAUGACGCAACUUGGUAAGACGGACGUUAGACAACAAGUAAUACAGGGGAUAGUUUGUACAUAGAAACAAUUAAGAAAACAAAACUAGAAAUGUAUAUCGAAUGUACAUUCAGAACAUAUGUUCUAAGAAAAUAUUAUUUUUCGAAUGUUAUUAAAAACGAUGUGGAAGAUUUAGUAACAACGUAAAGACUAAAUAUUUUCGACGUUGCACAUUGCGCCGCCUGGAAAAACUUGUCGUUACUAAUUAUUCAUUUUCUCAAGAAAUAAAUGAAGUUAAUAUUUGAAAUUUUUAGUAUUUUUGCCAAAUGGUCAUGGAACAAAACAUAGUAGUGUAAUGAAAUUUCAGUGGUCAGAUUUUAAGUUAUGUGUUCUGUCCACGCUAUUUUGGGACAACUCUCGUAUGUUUCAACGAACUUAGAUAAAAUUGACUUUGAAUUUAAAAAAAUAAAUUAAACGUAUUAGCCUUCAUAUUACAAGAAUUACGUUACAAAAAUACUGUAACAAAACCAUCGCCGAGGGCAGUAAAUACGUCAGUAUCAACACAGGCUUCACCUGGAAUUUCCUUGCGUGUGGUUACAUGUACCAACGAAAAUAUUGCCACCCCAACAAAAUGUAUAACCCCCACCAAAAUGACACUUCUCCACACUCCAACCCCACGAAAAAUCAAAGGUGCAUAUUCUUGGGAUUCGAACAGUAUUGGAGGAAUGAAAGCAAAGGUAUCAUACAAAGGACAAAAUGACAGGAAAGUUCGGACUAAAAUAAAGACAGAAGGGGUUGUAUAGUAUGAUGGUGGGAAUUGUCAGAGGCAAAAAACCAGAAGUAAUUCUGAAUAAACUGAUGAAUGUUAAAAACUUUAGAGAGAAGGCAGUGAAAGUUCUUUCAAAGUGCGUGAAAGAAGAAUGUAAACUUCUUUGUAGUAAAAACAAUCCUUUAAUUCUGGGCAGUACCACUGAGGAUAUACAUUCGACUGAUUUUUUAAAAAUUGCAAAUGAACUAAAAGAGAAGGCACCGGUCUUCUCCCAGAUGCUGAAGGAUACUAUGAACACCACCAAGCCUGUAGGUUUGGUGUCUUCAGCAGCAGUCAUUUUGCACCACAGAAACCACAAUAUGUCACUUAUUCGCCAUGUUGUAGGCCAGCUAUUGGACUAUGGUGGAGCCACUGAUAAAACUCAGACAAUAGAUUUGCUGAGAUGCCUUGGAUUUUCUGUGGGUUGUUCAGCUACUCACAAGAAGCAGGUUUCACUGAUUGACAUUGAGAAGAAGAAGACUGAGAACACACUUCUAUGUCAGGUGCAUCAAUCGAUUCUUCAGUUUAACAAGAAGAAACACAAAGAAAUGGUAUUUGCACUCCAUGAAAAAGAAGCGACUGAUAUUUCCAAUUAUUUUGCAGUCUCCAGUCAAUUGCAAUGUAUAUGUUCUAGUGUGAUAAUGCACUUAUACUUUGACAUGAACUUUUCAACUGCCUACGUCAGUGACACAGCCACUGUUACGUCAACUAUGUCAUGCUACACAAAAGAUUCAUGCAAUUAUUUAUGUAGAUCUACAGUCCCACAAGCUUGCCACCUUCCGCCACCUAAUAUAUUCACUAAAGUUGGGUUGGCACAAUGUCUUGCUGUGUCUAAGUGCUCAAACUUUGAGGUAGAUCCAAAUCGUGGUGUUGCCCAGUCAAAUGACAAGUCCACAGUGCUCUAUGGGAAGAAGUACAUUUCUCAAAUUGAAAGUCAGUUAAAAGAGUCAGAAAUUCAGCCCCCGUUCGAUAUAAUUGGUGAUAAUUUGGACUUUCUUAAAUCGACCUCUUCGAUGACAAAAGAAAAACAAAGAAAAAUGUAUCAAUGGUUUAUCUUAGUUGGUUUGCAACGAAGAGUGCUAGAUUCAACUAUGUUUGAUGUUAAACCCAAGCACGACAUUCUAUCACUACCAAAUCAUUCAUUUUUACCCAAUGCCCAAGACAUCAAUAUUUUGGAAAGAAACAUGAACCAUCAUAUAUUGAAGGUUAUCACAAGACAUGUAAAAUGCUUAAAGUCUUUUGCUCAUUGCGUUCCAAAACACAUCGAACAUCCUUUCAUGGAGGAAACCUCCAAGAGGUCAACUCAUGCUAUACUUGAUUUGCUGGACAAAAAUCAAAAUUUUCAUGACGACACAAUAAGCAUAUUGGAGCACAUACAUCAGAAGUAUAUAACACAAAAUCUUUGGGGGAAAACAGAAAGGAAAGUAUUUGGUGGGGAUGUGCUUACCAAUGAGCGAGCAUACACAGCACAACUCGAUAUGCAGAACUGUGACACCGAUUUUUACAAACUGGGAGGAUUAAUUCAUAGACCAGAAGGCCUUCACAGAAUGAUGAACUUUUUGCUGUUUAUAUACCAAGAGUUUUACAAACCCUCCUCCUCAUUUGAACAAGGAACUCUCUAUCACCUUCGAAAUGUCAUUCACAGAGAAGAUGUUACUGGAAAAGAUGAAGUUGUUAGAGCAUACAGAGCUCAUUACGCUUUUGUGGAGGAUGCUUUGGAUGCAUUUAUACUUGGGGCCACAAUGGAUGUUAUGGGACUGAAUGACCUAAAUGGAUCUCCUCAACAGUGGAACCCAAGCAUUUUAUCAUUGUAUUCAAAUAAGAAGCAGCUAUCAUGGCUUAGAAAUCUGGCUGAAACAGUGAUCAACAAACAUAUCAACUUGCAAGGAACAACCCAUCUUCAAGAUUUGGUUGAAGAAGCUGCUAAGCUAGAUUCACAAAAUGAUAUGUUACAUAGCAUGUUUGAUGCCGCCAUUAAUCAGUAUAUAUGCACAUGUCAGAAAAAAUACAGCAAAAUUGGACACUUUAAACGCCAUCUAGAGAAAGAACACAAUUGGCAUUUCCCUACUGCAGCACCAAAAGAACCAAAAAAGGAGGACAAGGUUGCAGUAUGGCGGUCGUCGUUUAUGAAAGCUGCUCUUAUCUUAAGGGAUACAUGUGAUGCUUAUGAAAUGGGCGACGGAAACCGAAUAUUUUUGAACGCAAAAUUUGAAAUGCUGUAUGCAAAUGUUGCCGGACAUACCAAGUAUCAGCUUUGGCUGUGGAGAAUGAUGGCAUAUGAGCAGGCCAUCUUAACACCUAAGCAAGCAUUUGAAUACAAAUGGAAUACAACAGCAAAUCUUAAUGGAACUAUUGAUGGAAACAUUCCAAAUGACACCUUGGUGGACAUUUGUGUUCAGCUAGUAAAGAAGAAAAUAAAAGAGCAGGAUUCAAACUUUACCUUUGAUAGUGCCAAGAAUACAGCAUUAUCAUGUCAAAUUCAAGAUGAGCUGAGAGAGAGUAAUAGACAUCAGGUUUCGAUAACACCCUUUGGUAAAUCAAGAACCAAGGCUCGUAAAUCUUCUGACAUAAAUUUAAUGCUGACGGAGUUGAUGGCAGGGAAUAUCUUUAAAAACAUUCAAGGGCGACAGUUUAAAAAUUUCAAAAACAUGAAAGAUGUUUUUGAAAAGGUAAACUUACAUAAACUGUACAUUUGGAUAAGUAAACAAAAGAAGAGAGCAUCGUAUGAAAUGAUGUAAAAGUUAUUUAUUAGUUAUACAUUGUGAAUGUGGGUAAUCAAUUGAUAUGAACUGAGAAUUCAUUAAACGUAUCAACAUAAAGAGCAAUAAAUUAA